AUGUUCAAUACCGGUAAAUUCGUCGGCAAAACAGUGCUAAUCACGGGGGCGUCUCGCGGGAUCGGAAAAGAGAUUGCUCUGAAACUGGCCAAGGAUGGAGCUAAUAUCGUCGUGGCGGCGAAGACGGCGACUGCUCAUCCGAAGCUCCCCGGAACUAUUUAUUCGGCAGCCGAGGAAAUUGAGAAGGUAUCUGACAAAUUUGCGAUAUAUUUGAAAAACAUACCUUUCAGGUCGGCGGUAAAGCCCUUCCGUGCAUCGUCGACGUACGAGAUGAGGCCGCCGUCAAAUCCGCCGUUGAAGAUGCGGUCAAAAAGUUCGGAGGCAUCGACAUUCUCGUCAAUAACGCAUCGGCCAUCUCGCUCACCGGCACCGAAGAUACCGAAAUGAAGAGGUACGAUCUGAUGCACUCGAUCAACACGAGAGGAACCUAUCUGAUGACUAAAUCGUGUCUUCCUUAUCUGAAACAGGGGAAAAAUCCUCAUGUUCUGAACAUCUCCCCGCCUCUGUUAAUGGAAACUCACUGGUUUGCAAACCACGUGGCUUACACGAUGGCCAAAUACGGAAUGUCGAUGUGCGUGCUCGGACAUCACGAAGAGUUCCGGCAAUACGGAAUUGCUGUGAAUGCUCUCUGGCCGCUGACCACCAUUUGGACUGCCGCUAUGGAAAUGUUGUCGGAGAAGGGAGGAGAGUCGGGCAGCAGAAAGCCGGCGAUCAUGGCUGAUGCCGCCUACGCAGGUUAGAAAAAAAUUUUUACAAAUAGGCUAUUUAUUUGAAAUAACUACCAAUUUUAUUUUCAGUGCUCUCGAAGAACUCGAAGGAUUUCACUGGACAAUUUCUGAUUGACGAAGACGUUCUGAGGGCCGAAGGAGUCACCGACUUUGAGAAGUAUGAGUGUGUGCCAGGAGCUCCUCUCAUGCCCGACUUCUUCAUUCCUUCCGGAACCUACGACCACAAAUUUGCCUUCGGAGGCGGAAAGAAGAAGGAAUCUCAUGAGAGAGGAGUCAUUGAAGAGGAGAUCAAGCAGGUGUUCAAGGCAACCAAGAAGCUUCUCAACGGGGAAAUUGUGAAGAAAACUGGAUUUAUUUAUGAAUUUUUGCUCAAAGAUCCGAAAACGAAGGCGGAAAGAUCGAUCACACUCGACUUAAAGGUUGCCUUUCAAUCUUUGAUCUUUAGGUUCUACAGAAAACUGUGAUUUCCAGAACGGUGACGGCAGCCUCGUUGAUAAAAAAACUACGGAGUCCCCAGACGUUAAAUUUACUUUAGCUCCAGAAGACUUCGCCCCUCUUUUCACCGGAAAACUCCGCCCGACGACCGCCCUGAUGACUAAGAAGCUGAAAAUCUCUGGAGACAUGCCAGGAGCGAUGAAAUUGGAAUCUCUGCUCAGAAAGUUCGCUGAGAACAAAUGA